AUGAGAGAACUGAGGAGGGACGACAGCAUUAUCAUUCUACCUGCUGACAAGGGACGAUCAACCGUCGUGAUGAAUAGAGAAGACUAUAAUGAAAAAGCUAAAGCCCUUCUUGAUGACAGAGAAUUCUACAGACCAGCACAGAAGUCACAAGCCAAAGCAGUGGCAGAUCGGCUGAGUAAACUGCUUAGAGAAUACCGACAUAAAAAUGUGAUCACGGAGAAUGAAUGGCAUCAAAUGAGGGCAACUGACACCGCUCUAGCCCGAUUCUAUGGUCUGCCAAAAAUCCAUAAAGCAAAUGUCCCACUUCGGCCAAUCGUUGCCCUCAAAGGCAGCCCCACCUACAACUUGGCAAAGUGGAUGUACUCAAAACUGAAGUUCCUCCAAGGCAAUUCGACUAACUCAGUUCGAUCAGCCUCUCAAUUCCUCAUAGACCUCCAAGGUCGGAGAAUUCAAUCGGACGAAAUAAUGGUCUCCUUCGAUGUGACGUCGCUGUUCACAUCUAUCCCACCAAACGUGGCCCGCGAAGUCUUGCGCAAGAGACUUGAAGAGGCGUACGAUGAGACUCAGAAUGCCCUCAAAAUUGAACACCUCAUGAGGCUGUUUGAAUUCUGCCAACAAACUUUCUUCACUUUUGCGGGAGAGACCUACGAACAAAUUAAGGGAACCCCUAUGGGCUCACCGGUCUCCGGUUUGGUGGCAGAACUGGUCCUACAGGAGUUGGAAAAGAUUGCCUUCCUCCAACAUGAACCGGUGUUUUGGCGACGUUACGUUGACGACACGUUCGUCAUCGUAAAGAAGGACAUGCUGCAACAUUUUCACAGCCUGCUCAACGCAGUCUUCUCGGAUAUAAAAUUCACGAGAGAAGAAGAACAAGAGCAGCAGUUGCCCUUCCUGGAUGUGCUCGUCAAACGAAACCUUAACGGUGAACUUGAAACGACGGUUUAUAGGAAGGCAACGAACACCACACAGCUGCUCAGUUUUCACAGCAACCAUCCGGUGGCUCACAAACGAAGCUGUGUGAAGACGCUCUUCAAACGGAUCCAAACUCAUUGCAGCAACCUGGAAGACAGAGCGCGUGAGGCCCGUUAUCUCCGCGACCAGUUUGUGCAAAAUGGCUAUCCGAGGGCAUUCAUAAGUCGCUGCCUACGCGGUCGCCACCAGAGAACUCAAACAUCAACGCCACCGACGAUAUGA